AAAUUCAACUACUCUGGUAUUCGAAAGGGAGAAACGAGACUACAAAAUGAGAAAUUUAUUAACCUCUCCACUGACAGAUUGCAUAAGGAAGAAGCAGAAGACGUUAGAAAAGUUCGAAACAUGGCUCAUGUGAGUUCAUUGUUAUUCUCACCGGUAGCAAACAACAUCUCGAAAAAAUUGAUUUUAUCAAACGCAGCCCCUGCUAUUAGUUCUAACCUCAUUCAACGAUGUUAUCUCUCCUCUGCUGGAAGUCACAAUUACGACAUCAUCAUUGCUGGAGGAGGGUUAGUCGGCACAGCUAUGGCUUGUGCCUUGGGCUGCUCUAAAAUACUGUCAGAGAAAAAAAUAUUGUUGCUGGAAGGGGCACCACCCAAACCCAUCACCCUUAAAGAUACUUAUAGCAACAGAGUUUCAGCAAUAAACAAUUCGUCUGUUGGACUUUUUCAAGAUAUACAAGUAUGGGAUGACAUCAAGGGUCAUCGAGUUCAAGAAGUUAGAAAAAUGCAAAUUUGGGAUGCUUCAUCACCUUCACUCAUAACGUUUAGUGACGAAGAUCUGUCUAAGCCAGUAGCCUACAUUAUAGAGAAUGAUCUCAUGCAGUGGGCUUUAACAAAACGACUGGGUGAUAUUCCAAACAGCUCUGUGAGAUAUAGUUCUAAGAUCAAAGAUUAUGUUCUGCCUAAGUCUUCUAGCUCAGAUGUACCCCUGGUUAUUCUUGAGAAUGAUGAAAAACUUACCUGUAAUCUACUGAUUGGAGCAGAUGGAGUUAAUUCAAAGGUUCGCUCUAAAAUGGUUACAUCAGUCCAAAGAACAGAUUAUAAUCAAAUGGGAGUCGUGGCAACACUUAGUAUCUCUGACUCCACUAAUAAUAUAGUUGCAUGGCAGAGAUUUCUCCCAGAUGGAGUAAUUGCUCUACUUCCUUUAUCGGAAUCAACUAGCUCUCUGGUGUGGUCAACAUCUGUAGAAAAAGCAAAAUCCCUUGUCAAUCUCCCUGAGGAGUCUUUUGUUGAUGCUGUAAAUGAUGCUUUACUGAAAGAGUAUCCAUCUAACCCAUUUGUAGAGUCUCUUCUUAAAAAUCUAAACCUUGCUGCUAGUGUAGAUUGUCAGAUUCCCCCGAGUAUUAAAGAUGUACAGCCCAACAGCAGAGCCGCAUUUCCCUUAGGGUCAACCAGUGUGUCGCGGUAUGUGAACAGUUGUGUGGCCCUAAUUGGUGAUGCUGCACAUCGAGUGCAUCCUCUAGCAGGACAAGGUGUCAAUAUUGGUUUUGGUGAUGUCGACUGCCUAGCUCACCAACUAGAGAAUGCAGUGUAUCAAGGUUACCAACUUGGAAGAGGUCAUCAUCUAAAGAUCUAUCAGUCAGAAAGGCUCAAGAAUACCUUGCCAAAAAUGAAAGCUAUUCAUUACUUGCACUCUCUCUACCAGUCAUCAUUUACCCCCAUUGUAGCUUUGAGAAGUGUAGGACUGUCAUUAGUUCACUCUAUGCCAUUUGUGAAGAAAGAACUCAUCAAAAGAGCAAAUCUCUAGACCCCACUCAACUGUUGUAAAGUCCUGUAAAUUGUUUUGUUUUAAAAACAUUGAUAUUAUAUCCUUGCAAACACUUUUGUUUACGUAUUCUGUUUUGAAUUAUAUUUACCUAUAUAAAUAA